AUGGAGAGCUCGCCACAGGAAUCCCACUUGAUACCGAAUCCGAACGCCUUCACCUAUCACUCCCCUCACCCAGUGUACGCCAUGGCCAUCUCCACCUCUCCCAGCUCCUUCUCCUCCCCGCGGCUUGCCCUGGGGAGCUUCAUCGAGGACUUCAGCAACCGUGUGGACGUCGUCACCUUCGACGACGAAGCCCUAGCGUUCAGAUCCGACCCCGCGCUUUCCUUCGAGCAUCCGUACCCCCCCACCAAGCUGAUGUUCCACCCCAGGCCGCUCCCCAACCAGACGGGCGCUCUUCUUGCGUCCUCCGGCGAGUACCUCCGCCUCUGGCAGGUCAACGACGCCUCCUCCGCAUCUGGACCGUCGAUUGAGCUCCGGACCGUCCUCAACAACAGCAAAUCGAGUGAGUUCUGCGCUCCUCUGACCUCCUUCGAUUGGAACGAUGCGGAACCCCGGAGGAUCGGCACCUCCAGCAUCGACACAACCUGCACCGUGUGGGAUGUGGAGCGUGGCGUAGUUGAGACGCAGCUGAUUGCUCAUGAUAAGGAGGUUUAUGACAUCGCCUGGGGGCAAGCUGGCGUCUUUGCCUCUGUGUCCGCCGACGGUUCUGUGCGGAUCUUCGAUCUUAGGGAUAAGGAGCACUCCACCAUUGUGUAUGAGAGCAAUAAUCCAGACACACCGCUCCUGCGGCUCGCGUGGAACAAGAUGGACCUGAGUUACAUGGCGACGCUGCUGAUGGACAGCAACCGGAUCGUCAUCCUCGACAUUCGAUCUCCGGCUACUCCUGUGGCAGAGCUGCAGAGGCAUCAGGCGAGCGUGAACGCCUUAGCAUGGGCCCCCCACAGCUCCCAGCAUCUGUGUUCUGCCGGCGACGACGGGCAAGCACUCAUCUGGGACCUGCCCAUGAAGCCGACAAUGAGUCAAGAGGACAUAGAUCCAAGGCUAGCGUACACGGCUGGCGCCGAGAUCAAUCAGCUGCAGUGGUCUCCCGCUCAACCAGACUGGAUAGGAAUUGCAUUCGCAAACAAGGUUCAAGUCCUUAGGGUCUGA